CGAAAAAGGUUUAAUCUACAAUCUGCUAAAAUUAUCUACUUUGCUUCAAUUUGGGAAAACAUUUUUAGCCAUAUUGUAGAAUCAUAGUGACUUCGUGGCUUGCUGUUAACUAGGAUACAUAUAAUGGAUAAUUCUAAAAGUGUAGAUGCCAGCAAUAAAAAUGAUGAAGAAAAAAAUCCAUACGACAGCAUGGUCCGAUCACUGACUAAUAGAGGAAAGAAUAAGAGAAAGGUUAAACUGAUCGAAAAUCAGCUGAUUCAGUUUGCUUUUGGUGAAAGUGAUAGUGAGGACGAUGAAGAUUUCACGGUGGAUAAUGAUGAUAUAAACAGUGAUGAUUCAAAUAUUGAAAUAGCAAGCGAAGAUGAACAAGAGGCUGACAACGAAAAUGAUGACGGCGAUAGUUCUGAAGAGGGAGAUAAUGCUCGAAGUGAUGGCGAAAGCAGUCAAGAUGGAGAAAAACCGAUAAAGUUGGAUAUGAUUUUAUCAGCAAUUCGCAAUCAACCUCAACAGCGGGAUUCACCCGUUUCAUUUGAUGAGAACAGUCAAGACGGCGUCGACAUAACAACAUUUAAAAAGCCGCUGUUAAUUUGCGGAAUAUGUUUAGAGUCUGAAGACAGCGAGAAGGACGAAAUACUGGAGUGUGAUCAAUGCGGGAUUACUGUACAUGAAGGUUGUUAUGGUGACAUCGACUUGUCGGACGAUGGCGACAAAAGUGAUUCUGACGCGCCAACAGAGCCUUGGUUUUGUGAUCCGUGCAAGGCUGGUAGGGACGAGAAACCGAUGUGUGAGCUUUGUCCUAAUAUUGGGGGUAUAUAUAAACAAACAGAUACAGGGAAAUGGGUCCAUUUAAUUUGUGCUCUCUAUACGCCGUACGUUGGAUUUCGUGACGUGUCAAAAUUGAGGACUGUCGUACUCGAAGACGUCAAAUGUUCAAUGUGGGGAAGUAAAGAAUGCAUGUUUUGUGUUGACGAUAACUUUUCGAGAACUGGCGUUUGCAUAAAUUGUGAUGUGGGGAUGUGUAAAACUACAUUCCAUGUGACGUGUGCUCAAAAAAAUGGCUUUCUCUCAGAGAUUCCUGACAGAGGGGAUGCUGUAGAAGAUACUCCCGACAUGCUUUACGCUCAUUGCAAGUUGCACUCGGAAAAAAACGUAUUAAGAAAACGAAAGAACGGCUGGUUAGCGUUCUUCUCUCAUUCAUCAAAUUUUCGUCGUGACGUAGAUGACGUCGAAAAAGAACGUAUCGAUGCGGCGUUAAAAUCGGCGAGAGCAGAAUAUCACGAAUUCCGUAGAUGCCUUAGUCCUUCGAAACCAUUGUCGCAGGAGUUUCCUAGGCUUUUGUCGUCGUGUCCUGAGGCUUGUAUGAUGCUAGCGAGAAAAGCGGAAAUUCUUGGCUUGUUACGUCAUCCAGGUUAUAAUGUGGCAGCGGCUGUAACAUCGGGGCGCAUUUCAAAACACGAAGCGAAUUUAUCAGCCGAAUUUGUAAAUUAUUUCUUUAAACGAGAAAUGCAGGUGAAAGAAACGCAACUGACGCUUAGAAAUGCUGAGCCAUCAUUGUUAAAACUACAAAAAGAGCAGACUGCAUUGACGAAAAUGAGCGAAGAAUACCAAAUACAACUUGAAAAAGUUUUGGAAGAAAAAGAAAAAUUAAUCGCGGCUUGUAAAACAUUACACCAAUGUAUUAGCAAAUUAACUGGUAAGCCGUUCAAACUACCUAAUAUGUUGAAGCCGAAAGACACCAAACAAUCGAAAGCAAAGAUCGAAGAAUCGUCCAAAUUGUUGAACACCAUCGUGAACAAGUGUGCAACGUGUAAAUCCACUGAAGAUCAGCAUCUCCUAACAAAAUGUGAGACUUGUAAGAAUUAUUAUCAUUUAGCAUGUGUCGAUCCUCCUCUACUGCGGAUGCCUAAGAAGUCGGAUAAAUAUGUGUGGCAAUGCACAGAGUGCGACUCUUCUGAAGAAUCUGAAAGUGAAGUGGAGUUUAUUGACGAAAACGACGACGGUGACGGUAAGCGACGUACAAAAAGAACGACGAGAGAGCCGGCAAAAUUUACGCCGGAAGACAAAAAAACGAAAGAGCUUUUGCAGAAAUCACUAAAGAGAAAAGACACUUCGAAAUCUGAGGAGAAACCAAAGAAGAGAAAGCUUCCAGAAAAUAAGCAAAAAAUUUCCAAAAAAGGGAGAAAGAAAGAAAAAUACACAAAGAAAAGAAAUGAUACACAUAAAUACGUGAAAAAAGUAAAACCACAAGCCGAAAUUUUUGAGAACUGUUGCGUGUGCAAUAAGAGUGGCGAUAAAUCCAAUCUAGUGAAAUGUGAUGAAUGUAAGAAGUGCUACCAUUUUCAAACUUGCUUGGAUCCACCGUAUAAUAGAACGCCGAAAGGGAAGUUCUGGGGAUGGAUUUGUGAGGAUUGCGAUGAAAGCGAAGAAGAAAUAGACGAUGUCGAAAAUGAAGUGAAGGAGAAUAAUUCGAAAUAGUUUUUAUGUGAACCUGAGGUGUUUUUUCCAAAUAUUCUUUGGGACCUAUUUUUAAGAGUUCAACAAAUGCUUGUAUUUAAGUUCGCGCACCAAAGAAAAUCAAAUUCUGCCCUUA